GUGACACUGGGUCCUCAGGAAACCCUGGGUGGGAGACCUGCAAAACUGAGGUCCAGCCUGAGGUGCUGCUUCCCUAAGGAGACUGGGUCUAAGAAUCCAUGACCUCUCUUUAUAGACCAGCACAACUAAUGCAUCUCCUCUUGUCCCUGGGACUCUGUGCCCUGGCCCAGGCCACUUGCUGCGGGGCUCAGUCUCCACCCCAGCAGGCUCUCGGCUCCUCGCCUCUUCUCUCCCGCGGCUGCAGUGACUCAGAUGUGCUGGCCGUCUCCGGGAUGGCCCUGCAGGACAUCAACAGAGACCAACAGGAGGGUUACGCGCUGGGGCUCAAUCGAGUGCAUGGCGUCUGGGAACACAGACAGGAUAGCCAGGGAUCUCUCUUCUACCUCACACUGGACGUCCUAGAGACCAGCUGCCAUGUGCUCAGCAGGAAGGACUGGAAGGACUGCGGGGCAAGGCUGCUUCAUGAAUCAGUUUAUGGUCAAUGCAAGGCAAUGUUUUACGUGAACAAGCCAAAAAGAAUUCUCUACUUACCUGCUUAUAACUGUACUCUUCGCCCAGUUUCUAGAAGAAAGAUUCAUAUGAUGUGCCCCGACUGUCCAAGUCCCAGCUCCACGGACUUGUCAGAUCCCAGGGUUUUGGAAGCUGCCACGGAGUCUCUUGCAAAAUACAACAGUAAAAGUGCCUCAAAGCAGUACUCUCUUGACAAAGUCACCAGGGCUUCUCACCAGUGGGUGGUUGGCCCUGCUUACUUCGUGGAAUAUUUAAUCAGAGAGUCACCGUGCACCAAGCUCCACGCCAGCAGCUGCUCACUCCAGUCCUCCGACUCUAUGCCUGUUGGACUUUGCCAAGGUUCUCUGACUCAAACUCGCACAGAAAAAUUUGUCUCUGUGACUUGUGACUUCUUCAAAUCACAGGUCCAGACGCCUGAAGGUGAGAGCUCUGCCGUGAAACAAAGCUCUGGGAGCCUCCCCGGGGUGGAGCAGCCCCUGCAGGAGAACACCACCUCUUCCAGCUCCCCUGCCAAAACUGGGCCGCUGGGAUCCAUCCAACACCUCCCUGACCUGGAAGAUGAGACACCCAAAGGUUCUGAGGAAAAGGACCGUCAGGAGGCCUUCCCCGUGCAGCUCGAUCUAACCACCAACCCGCAGGGAGACACCCUGGAUAUCUCUUUCCUUUUCCUGGGCUCCCAGCAAGAGAAGCUGGUUGUCCUGCCUUUCCCCAAAGAACGGCACUCCGCGGAGUGCCCAGGGCCUGCCCGCACAACCAGCCCUCUUGUGCUCCCUGCUUGAGAAUCACUAUGUCCCUAUAGAGAUAUGGUGUGGGCACGACAGAGAGACAGAGGGUGCAAUGUAGAGUGGCUAAUAAAGUGCGUCUAUCUGACUGUU